GAUGACCGCGGAGGGAUGCGAUUGGCGGUUGGACAGUUUCACGCUGUAAAACCUGGGUCGGGGGCGUUUCCACCCUGCGGGACCUGGAUGUUGGAAGGCGAGUUGUAUUUCAUUUUUAAGUCCCAUCUGCACCUUCCUGCCUGUCACCGAACACCAAUAAUGAGGCCAAACAGUCAAGCACUCAAGCACAAAUUGUCCCAUGACACAGAGAGGGAAUUUGGAGGAACACUGGGGGCUGUAUGCAUUCCUCUCUUCCUUCCCCUGACUGUGCUCUUCCUGAUCUGUGUGAGCCGAUCUCCUGAAGCCAGUGUGCUCCAGUGGCCCCCUCCCUUCCCUGCCACUGAGCAGCUGUGGGAUCCUCUGGCCCCUGUGCUGCUGCUGGGCUGGCUUGGCCUACACGCCCUUCUGUACCUGACGCCCUUAGGAAAGGUGUCUGAAGGAUUAGUGCUAAGGAAUGGAACACGUCUCAAAUAUCCCAUAAAUGGUUUUCAUGCCUUGUGCAUCAGCGGUGCGAUGCUGAUGUUGCUACUGGGGCUCGGAGCUCCUCUGGGGCAUCUGUUCGAGCUGCUGUUGCCUCUGGCGCUGUGCGCCGUAGCGGUGUCGUUCCUGCUCUCCGCCUACCUCUACGUCCGCUCCUUUUGGGCUCCUCCUCAUGCUCUCGCUCCGGGGGGCAACACAGGAAAUCCCUUGUAUGACUUCUUCAUCGGACGAGAGUUAAACCCCAGGGUCGGAAACUUUGACCUUAAAUAUUUCUGUGAGCUCAGACCGGGGCUGAUUGGCUGGGUGGUCGUAAACCUCGGCAUGCUGAUGAAGGAGGUGGAGCUCCGAGGUUCCCCCUCCCUCGCCAUGAUACUGGUCAACAGUUUCCAGCUGCUGUAUGUAGCAGAUGCACUGUGGAACGAGGAAGCUGUUCUGACAACCAUGGACAUUGUGCAUGAUGGUUUUGGCUUCAUGCUGGUCUUCGGGGACCUGGCGUGGGUUCCCUUUACAUACAGCCUGCAGGCAGCCUUCCUGGUCGUGCACCCACAGGCUCUGAGUUCACUAGGAGCUGCAGCUAUAGUUGCACUGAAUGGUAUUGGAUAUUAUAUUUUCAGAAAAUCCAACUCCCAGAAGAAUCAGUUCAGACGGGACCCAACACAUCCCAGUGUUGCGAGACUGGAGACCAUCGCCACAGCCACAGGGAAGCGGCUGCUAGUGUCCGGCUGGUGGGGUCUGGUUCGCCAUCCUAAUUACCUCGGCGACCUCCUCAUGGCGCUGGCAUGGUCCCUGCCCUGCGGCUUCUCCAACCUUCUGCCUUACUUCUAUGUCAUAUACUUCACCGUGUUGCUGAUUCACCGAGAGGCCCGUGAUGAGAGACAGUGCAGGGCGAAGUAUGGACUAGCAUGGGAGACCUACUGCCGACGUGUCCCCUACAGGAUUUUCCCUUACAUAUAUUGAAGGCAGGCUUCCACAGUGUAUCCUUUGGACCCUUCAAGUCCACAAACCCAGCAAUAAAUUAAAAAUUUAGGUCCAUGUUUUAAUUUAAAUGACCUGGUGCUGCCAGUGGGAAUCUGCAGGGAAUUCAAUUUGUAAAAAAAGAGGGGAAAAACUUUUUAGAACAUCUUGUUUUGAUAAGAAAUAAUAAGUGGUAAUUGUAACACUUUGUAAAUACUGUAUGAGUGCCUUUUUAAAGCCAUAAAGACCGGCUGACAUGACUUUUUUUACAGCGUCUUCUUUUUGUGAGGUGUUUAUUUGUUAAACACAUUUUGAAAUAAACAAAUACAAAACAACACUUAGUGAGCAACAAUAUCAUCUUAAUAUAGAGACAAAUUUUUAUGUAUUUAAUGUAAAUAUUAGAAGCUUAAUUCUGUGUGAAGAUUGGAAUCUAGACCUGAGGUGCACAAGUGUGACGGGGACAAGUCUGCGAAGCCAGAGCAGAACCUCAGCUUGUGAACAUGGCAGCUAAUAGCUGUGUUACUUUUAAUAACCUUCUGCAACCUGUUAUCAUCAUCAUGUUUAAAUGGAUUCUCUUUCCAGCACACAGGCUGUAAUCGCAGAUGUUCACCAAGCCUCUGGGCUUUUGAAACAUCUGUCAGGCUGCAGCUUUGCACAGAAUAAUUUGGACCUUGCUCUGAAUUACAUGUUGUGCGAGGACGUCUAGUCCUGAAAUAUGGCGCAGCUUUCAAGCACAGUUCUGUUUGAAGCUGUGCAUCAGAGCGCUUGAGUCACUGUGGAGGUGGCAUAUUGGUAAUGGACUAGUGCAUCACCUUAGGGGAAGUUUUUUUUGAAUAGGUGCAUUAUUACUAGUAGAUGUUCCAUCUUCUUAGGAGCAGCCACUUGGGUCAUAUUUAUGCUGGGUAUCAGUGGUUUGCAGCCUUUUCUUACUUUUGCACUUUUGCCUAAAAAUAACAAAAAUGCCAUUUACUUUUGCCACUAAUAAACAGCCUGCAUUUACGCUGCAAAUGAUAUUCCAUUCCUGCAUACAGAUGACAGCACUCUGCACACCUUCAUUUGUCACCUUUUAAGUCCAUUUAUAGGUUGGCCCCUGAUCUCGCCUACACACCACUCAAGCUAUUUUUUGUUGUUUUUCAUAAGCAAAGUGCUAAUUAGAAAUAUGUUUGUAUAAUGCCACAGCUGUCCACAUGGUGACUAGAUUAAAGCUUUUCCAAUUUU